CGCUCUGCAGCUACCAUUGUGAGGUGAGGACAGGUGGGCGGGUUUGAUCCGCGGUGGGGCCCUGGGAGCUCGCCUGGACACGACAGCUUCACUGGACCCCCUCAGUCAUGGUACAGAAGAUUCCCUUGUCUAGAGACGAAGCAGAUGGAUGACUCCAUUCAGCCAAGCUCAGCCCCAAUAAUUUAGUUUUCACACCAUGGAGGCCCACAGCAGGGAUGACAUGGACUUGAAAGAAGAAUCUGCACAGGUGUGGUCUGAAUCAGCUGAGCAGGAACAGAACACUGCUCAGGUUCACUUUGUCCCAGAAGGUGGAACGGUGGCUCAGAUUGUGUACAGUGAUGACCAGGACCACCCUCCGCAACAGGUGGUCUACACAGCCGACGGCACCUCUUACACCUCAGUGGAUACCUCAGAGCACACGCUGGUUUACAUCCAUCCCGUGGAAGCCACCCAGACUCUGUUUACAGACCCGUCCCAAGUGACUUACGUUCAACAGGAUGCAACUACACAGCAGGUGUCGAUACCUGUGCAUAACCAGGUCUUGCCUCCUAUGGAGGCCGUGGAGGAUGCUACUCCUCUAGAACCUUUGCAGAACCCAAUGGAUAGCAUGGAAACAAAAGAGGAAAAUGAUGCAGAUGAGGAAGAUGAUGAGGACGAGGACGAGGAGGAAGAAGAAGAGGAGGAGGAGGAAGAGGGGGAAGAUACAGACAUGGAUGAAUGGGACCCUGAUCCACCACGUCCUUUUGACCCAAAUGACCUGUGGUGCGAAGAGUGUAAUAACGCCCAUCCUUCUGUCUGCCCCAAGCACGGACCCCUGCACCCCAUCCCAAACCGACCAGUGUUAACAAGAGCGAGAGCCAGCCUCCCCUUGGUCCUUUACAUAGACAGAUUCCUGGGAGGGGUGUUCUCCAAGCGACGCAUUCCCAAGCGCACACAGUUCGGCCCUGUGGAAGGACCUCUGGUCAGGCAGUCAGAGCUCAAGGACUGCUACAUCCAUUUAAAGGUGUCCCUUGAGAAGGGUGACCGAAAAGACUGGGACCUACAAGAGGAUCUCUGGUUUGAGCUGUCCAGUGAGGCUCUUUGCAACUGGAUGAUGUUUGUGCGACCUGCCCAGAAUCACCUGGAACAGAACCUUGUAGCCUACCAAUAUGGCCAUCAUAUUUAUUUCACGACCAUUAAAAACGUUGAGCCUAAACAAGAACUCAAGGUGUGGUAUGCCGCUUCAUACGCCGCGUAUGUAAAUCAGAAGAUCCAUGAUAUAUCUGAGGAGGAAAGGAAAGUUCUCCGAGAACAAGAGAAGAACUGGCCAUGCUAUGAGUGCAACCGACGGUUCAUGAGCUCCGAACAGCUCCAGCAGCACCUCAACUCCCAUGAUGAAAAGCUGGACUUCUUCAGCAGAGCACGAGGCAGAGGUCGAGGACGAGGAAAGCGAAGGUUUGGACCAGGCAGGCGACCAGGUCGCCCUCCCAAAUUCAUGCGCUUGGAAGUAACCAGUGAAAACGGGGGGAAAUGUGCAGAAGGGACACAGGAUUUGCUGCAUUUCUCCAGUAAGGGGCAGUUUGAGGAGACUGGACAAACUGCACUGAAUGGCCUUGACCAACCAGAGCAGACGCCCGCCCCUCCGGAGGCCCCGUCAGCGUUGGACCCACAGCCCGAGAGCCAUCCGUUGCAGCUCCAGCCGCAUGAACCUGCUGUGGUGCCUACCCAGAGCACCAUUACCGAAGACGACAUGCGGCGAGCAAAGCGUAUCCGGAAUGCAGCUCUCCAGCACUUAUUCAUCCGAAAGUCAUUCCGACCCUUCAAAUGCCUGCAUUGUGGGAAGGCUUUCCGUGAUAAGGACAAGCUAGAUCAGCACUUGGGGUUCCACGGGCGGGAAGGCAAUUGCCCUCUGACCUGUGACAUCUGCAAUAAAGGCUUCCUCAACAGCAGCGCCCUGGAAAGUCACAUGAAGUUCCACUUGGACCAGAAAACCUACUCUUGCAUUUUCUGCCCCGAAUCCUUUGACCGCUUGGAUCUGCUGAAAGAUCAUGUGGCAAUCCACGUGAACGACGGCUAUUUCACUUGUCCCUCCUGUAAAAAGCGCUUUCCAGAUUUUAUCCAGGUAAAGAAGCACGUGCGCAGCUUCCAUUCGGAAAAGAUUUACCAGUGCACGGAAUGUGACAAGGCUUUCUGCCGUCCCGAUAAGCUGCGUCUCCACAUGCUCCGACACUCGGACCGCAAGGACUUCCUGUGCUCCACCUGUGGGAAACAGUUCAAGAGGAAAGACAAACUCCGGGAGCACAUGCAAAGAAUGCACAACCCAGAAAGGGAAGCGAAGAAAGCUGACCGGAUUAGCCGUUCCAAAACUUUCAAGCCGCGGAUAGCGUCGACUGACUACGAGAGCUUCAUGUUCAAGUGUCGCCUGUGCAUGAUGGGCUUCCGGAGGAGAGGCAUGCUGGUGAAUCAUUUAUCAAAGAGACAUCCAGACAUGAAAAUAGAAGAGGUGCCAGAGCUCACACUGCCCAUCAUCAAGCCCAACAGAGAUUAUUUCUGUCAGUACUGUGAUAAGGUUUACAAGAGUGCCAGCAAACGCAAAGCACACAUUCUGAAGAAUCACCCAGGUGCCGAGCUUCCUCCGAGCAUCCGAAAGCUCCGUCCAGCGGGCCCAGGAGAGCCAGAUCCCAUGCUGAGUACCCAUACCCAGCUCACGGGCACAAUUGCAACGCCGCCUGUUUGCUGCCCUCACUGUUCCAAGCAGUACAGCAGCAAGACCAAGAUGGUGCAACAUAUUCGCAAGAAGCACCCGGAAUUCGCUCAGAUCCCUACGAACACGAUACAUGUGCCCUUGACGACAGCAGUCAUCAGUGCCGCCCCUGCAGUUUUAACUGCCGACAGCGCAGCUGGGGAGACAGUUGUGACGACAGAUCUGCUGACCCAAGCAAUGACAGAGCUGUCGCAGACGCUGACGACAGACUACCGAACCGCUCAGGGCGAUUUUCAGCGAAUCCAGUACAUCCCCAUGUCUCAGUCCACAACGGGCUUGCAGCAACCUCAACACAUACAGCUGCAGGUUGUGCAAGUGGCUCAGGCAACCUCACCCCACCAGUCCCAGCAUUCCACAGUGGACGUGGAGCAGCUGCACGACUCACAAACGUACACCCAGCACGCCAUCCAAGUGCAGCACAUCCAGGUUGCGGAACCAGCCACUGCAGCCUCGUCAUCCUCACAGGUGGGAAGUAAGCCCUUAAGCCCUUCGUCACAACCAUCUCAGCAGGAACUCAGCCCUUCCCAGAUGCAAACGCCCACCUCCUCCCAAAGCCAAACUCUCCAACCACAGCAAGGCUCCUCAGUUCAGCAGACAUACCUACCCGGCACAUGGAACUCCUUCCCCAGCUAUUCUUCUGAGAUUCAAUAUGUGAUCACAGAAACCGCUGUUGGCACUCCCGUCACUGCAGUGAACACAGGGCAAGAGAAACCUGUUGCCCAGACGCAUUACGUAAUACCCCAAAGUCAAUCUGAACUCGAUGUAAAGCCAAACCUUUCACUUUCCAGUGGUGUGGAAGUGGGCUUGGCCCAGUCAUCAGCGCAUUCUGAUGCCUUGGAAUCCCAGACAGCCAAUCAGCAGCAAACGACGCAAUACAUCAUUACAACCACCACGAAUGACAAUGGAAGCAAUGAAGUGCACAUCGAAAAGCCAUGA